AUGUCCAUUGAGUCGGUGAUGCCAUCCAACCAUCUCAUCCUCUGUCAUCCCCUUCUCUUCCCACCUUCAAUCUUUCCCAGAAUCAGGGUCUUUUCAAGUGAGUCAGUUAUUCACAUCAAGUGGCCAAAGUAUUGGAGUUUCAGCUUCCGCAUCAGUCCUUCCAAUGAAUAUUCAGGACUGAUGUCCUUUAGGAUGGACUGGCUGGAUCUCCUUGCAGUCCAAGGGGCUCUCAAGAGUCUUCUCCAACACCACAGUUCAAAAGCAUCCAUUCUUCGUAAUAGAAGACAGAUUGAAGGAGCCUGGCGAGUGGGAGCUAAGGAGAUGUGUCACAGAAGUCUGGCAGAAAAGAGAAAGACAAAGCAAUGGCUCAAGAGGGAAACAAACUCUUCCGUGUCUUUUCCAGAGGGACGCCUCUGCCUGCACGGGUCCCCCCAGCCAGCACCCAGGACGCCUUCACUGUCAUUCUGUAUUGUCCCGAAGGGCAGGGCCUCCAUUCCUCUGCGGUCCUCAGGCACCUAA